UAGACCGUUGCGUGGCGUCUUGCAGCGGUUUCUAGCAAAUGAAACUCAUUCUGCCUUCCUUCGCUCCCGCUGUUCGGGUGGUGGGCCCCAUUUUGCUGUUCGACACCUUGCCUCCACCCCUUUUCUUCGCGCCAUGGGCUCCUCCGCAUAUGAAGAAGUGGAAUGCACAACCAUCGACGGCAUUGCCAUCCGCGGAUGGCUCUUUGCUGUUCCUGGGCCGGCACCGGCCAUCGUCAUGUCACACGGUUUCAACUGCGUCAAGGAGAUGACGUUGCCGGACGUUGCCGAGUGGUUUCAACGCCGCGGCUACAAUGUCCUCCUCUACGAUGCUCGAAGUGUCGGCGCGAGUGGCGGAGUGCCGCGGAACCAGCCGGACCUUCUGCAAAUGGCCGAGGACGUUUCGGACAUUGUGACCUUUGUCUCAAAUCUUAAGUGUGUCGACCCUCAACGCAUCCUCCUCUGGGGCAUGUCCUUUGGCGGCACGGUGAGCGGCUGCGCUGCUGCCGUUGAUCACCGGCCCCGGGCCCUCAUCAUGGUGUGCCCCCUCUUCAGCUUUGUGCGCCCGGACCGGCGACGCGCGACGUUCGCCCGUCUGAUCCAGGAUCGCGUCUCGCAAUUAGGCGGGAACGAGCCCUUGUCCCUACCACCGUUCAACAGCAACGGGGAGAACCUUGCGGGGUUCGGUGGCGCGGGGGGACCCGGCGGCCUGGAGGCGUACAACCUCAUGCGCGCGGCGGCUGGGCGGGGCCACCCGGGCUUCCGGGAUCGCAUCACGUUUCAGACGUUCUACAAACUGGCGCUGGCACGGCCGAGGGAGCUGCUGGACAUGAUCGACGAACGGAUGGCCGUCAUGGUGGUUGUGCCGGAGCUGGACGAUAUUUCCAGCCCGGAAGAGCAGAGAGCGGCAUUCGAGAAGUUGUCGACGCCCAGGAAGCGGCUGCAUAUAGCGCGGGGGAAGGGACACCUGUCUGUCGUGACAGGAGAGGGCUCAGAGGAGCUUCUGGAAGCCAUGGACGACUUUUUCCGAGAGGCUCUGAGGGACGAUGCCGGGUAGUCACCUAGUUUGUGACACUAUUACUGUCUAGCGAGACAAGCCAUGGCGCCGUUGGAACUCCAUUUGGGUUGGCGGAGGAUAUUGAUGUGCUACC